AUGUACACAGCUUUGAAUCCCACACAGAAUGUGUACACUUAGAUCAUGUCUAGUAGCAAUUAUGAUAAACUAGGUUUUUCUUGUUUUGCUUUGGAUUCUCUAUUCUAUGGCUUUGGGUGUUUGGCAGCAUCAUAUAUCGUGAAUAGAAUCGGCGUGAAACUUUGCCUAUCAAUCUCAGCGAUUGCAGACACUCUCUGGAUACUAGCUAUUAUACCACCUACAUUAUCUUCCCAUAAUAAAACUAAGGAUGAUAUGUUUAUCACUAGUGAUGGGUUUAUAUAUACGACGUAAAUAUCAAUUCAAAUAUUUCAAGGGUUCUGUCUGGGUCUUAAAUGGGUUGCAGAGAGUAAAUACAUCUCAGAAUGUGCUACAGAGGAAACUAAAGGCUUUUACUUCAGCUUGUUCUGGGGUAUAUAUAUGGUAUCAAUGGUACUUGGCAGUUUGAUUGCAGCGUUCAUUUCAGUCAAUUUCACAUAGACUACAUUCCUAUUAAUAAUGGCUGCGAUUGCGGCUCUAUCUAUUGUAAUUUUUGCUACUCUUCUCAAGCCCAUCCCUUAAGAAAGAUACUUGCCGCCAGAGGAUGAUUAUGAGAUUAAAGAAGUAGAGACACCAGAAAUUUCAAAGGGUGAUAGUUUUAAAGCUCAAGCUACUAAUAAAGAUUUUUAAGCGAUUUCUCAAAAAGAUUUAUCAAAUGGAUACGCUCACAUUAACAAUUCAAUCUCUGUUUAAAAUUAAACUCUAAGGGUAACUCCAAUAUCGUUGAAAGAAGAGGUAAAAGAGGUUCUGCUUCUCAUAAAGUCUAAAAAGAUGCUACCUUUAAUACCAUAGCUUAUUUGGGUAGGUAUCAGUGUAGCUAUAUAUUCUGGGAUAUUAGUAAUUAUCAUUAUCGACACAGAAUCUGUUGGAGAUGACUAGUAUAAAGUCUCCUAGUCAAUGCUUACAAUGGUAUCUUUUGGAGCAGGUGAGAUUCUUGGUAGUCUUUUUUCGGGAUGGUUGAUAGAUAAAUAUGGGAAUAAAAAGACUGCUUUGUUUAAUAUAUUUUUGGUAUUAAUUCAAACUGGUUUAACGCUAGUUUAUCUGAUAAACUAUAAGUAUUCAUGGUUUUCUUAUGUCUUGACUUUUGUCUGGGGUUUAUAAGACAGCUCAACUAACACUUUAUCAAAUGAAAUGCUUGGCUUUGAAUUUAAUAAUAAUUCUCAAUCAUUUUCUGUAUCAAAUUUUUUCUAAGCUAUGGGUGGAUUUAUUUUUAACCUAAUCGAGGGAUUUAUCAAAGGAAAGUAAUAGUAUUUGAUUUAUACAACAACAAUUGGAUUUCUAGGAAUAUUAUGCAAUAUUUCAACACUAUUUUUCAAAUUUAAACCAAUGCCCUAAUAACUGAAAUAAUCCAUGAAAUAAAAGAAUUUGAUUGAAGAAGAUUAAUGA